AUGAAGCUUUUUUGUUGGAACAUUCGCGGGGUUAAUGGAGCGGCUAAACAACAAGCUGUUCGUGACAUCAUCCGCACUCAUCGACCAAAAAUUGGAAGCUUGAUAGAAACCAGAGUUCGUGAUCAGUCUACCGCCAGCCGUAUUGCUCGAUCCAUCGCCCCUUCCUGGAAUUUUGCUCAUAAUUAUACAACUGCCGAAUUGGGAAGAAUAUGGAUUCUCUGGGAUCCAGCUCUUGUAGUCAACAUUUACUCAGCAUCGGCGCAAGCAGUCACUUGUGGUGUGUUUGACCCAGCUCUUGGAUCCUACCUCACUGUCACCUUUGUAUAUGGACUGAAUACUUCCUCGGAACGAAGACACCUUUGGCAGGAAAUUUCACUGAUUGCAUCGCACCCUCUAGUGCCGGCUAAACCUUGGGUCCUAAUGGGGGAUUUUAACCAGGUUUUGCGGCCCCAGGAACAUGCCUCCCCGACGGCACGAUUUCUUCCCCACCAGGGAAUGGUCGAUUUCCAGAAUUGUCUCCUAUCAACAGGUCUGUUUGACUUACCCUCUAAGGGGGCCUAUUUUACUUGGACAAAUUGCAGUAUGGAGAACCCCAUAGCCCGGAAACUGGAUAGAGCAUUGGUCAAUGACACGUCUCUUCUAGCAUACGCUGAUGCUUAUGCUUUCUUUGAUGCUCCGGCACCAUCGGAUCACUCGCCUUGUAUAGUGGACUUUCAACGGAGUCGAAUGGAACACCGGAGAACUAGCUUUAAGUUUCCACUCCACGUAACUAAGCAUGAAUCUUUUCAUACUCUAGUUGCUGAUUCUUGGAACUCUCCUACAUUUGAAGGGUCACUUAUGUUCAAGGUCUCAAUAAAACUCAAGCGGUUGAAAAGCGUGUUGAGGCACCUUAAUCAACAAGCAUACAGUGGAAUACAGCAGAGAUCAGCUAGAGCAUUAGAGGAUUUAAAAGCUGCCCAGAAUUUACUUCUCCAAAACCCAUCCCUGGAGGCUGCAACCGAGGAAUCUAGGGUUCGCACGGCUUGGUCUGUCUUUUCUGCUGCAGAGGAGACCUUUCUCAAGCAGAAAUCUCGGAUCCGUUGGCUUUCAGAGGGGGAUCAGAAUACAAAGUACUUUCACCGUAUCGUGGCUUCGAGAUAG